UAACAAUAACAUAACCGUUGCUUCAUCACAAGCAGCAGCAGCCACCACAAGCAGCAACAACGACGAUGACGGCGAUCAGCUUUCCACACGGGCCGCGCCGCUUGCUGCUGGUUGGGGUGGCGGUGCUGGCGUGCAUGCUGGUUGCGCUUGCCGUUCACUCCAACGCGCCAACGCCAAAGCACUCCUCUGACACGGUGCAUGGUGGCCGACGACUGGAGAGGGAAGCAGCGCGCUUGAGUGCAGGCAAGAACACAGAUGGCAGAAGCUUGCACGCACACAGCAACCCGGACGCGAAUGUCCAGCGACUUCCUGCCAAGAGCCAUCAUGAUGACGCGUCGCGUCUGCACAAACCCAGCGACAGCAGCAGCGACGGCAAGGAGACCGACAACACGAGAGAGGUCAAUCCACAACAUCCAGCCAUAGCUCACUCGAACAAAGUCGUGCGUCGCAUGCUGUAUUCCGGUGGAGUGGCAGCGUUUCCUCCUUUUCGCAGCUUGGCGGAGCCGCCGCUGUUCAUCUCCCUCGUGCCCGACAACACGGCGCUGACGCACCUGUGCCUCAGCCACCUCUCUGCACCCGACAUGCAGGAGUGCAACAGCGCAGAUCCAGCACGGCAUCAGGUGUUCGCGCUAUCCUCAGAGGGGCACGUGGGAUUCGAGGUGCAGGGUGUCGGCCACUACUGCCUCCAUGCCAGUGACGAGCGCAUCUUUGCAAACAGCUUCGCCAGCCUGGCUGACACAGACGAGGAUGACGACCACAUCGACCCUAGCGUGCCACGCAAGGUCGUGUACCGGCUGUGCACGUCCAUCUUCGCCAACGCGAAGGUGAUGAAGGAAGGCUCCCUCUCCACAAAGGACGCGGUCGACACGUGGCAGUUCGUGCCCGGCAAGGGCCUCGUGCACCGGGAGACCGGCAACUGCCUCACAUACAACUACCACACCAAGAUCACGCUGGAGCCGUGCGGUGACAUGGACAGCCAGUGGAUGCUGCGCACAGACGUGAACGGGUCGCUCAUCCUGCCACGCCAAUGGGACAAGGAGCUCAUUGCGCUGGCGGAGCGCAGAGAGAGGCAGAUCAAGCCACUCCUGGCCACCGUGCGCACACUUGCAUCAAAGACGCGCAAGCUCACACACCGCGCGCACUCCCGCGCAUCAAAACGAACGCAGGGCGUUGAUGGGAGGCGUGCAGUCGUCUUCUUCAUGGAGCCAAGUCGCAUGCUAACGCUGCAGGUGAAGUGGUGGCUGAGGGCGUGGCGCAUGCUGAAGCUCGACGAGCCGGACCAGCGCAUGGAUGUGCUCAUCAUGGGCAACGGCGACGAUUUCGAGUCCCUCAUGUCCUUGGGCUGCGAGAUGAAGAGCCUUGACACCCAAACCUCCAUUCCCCACGCAGAUGGACAUGGUGUGUGCUGGCUGUUUCCCUUCCGUGGUAUCAAUUCCCGUGAGCCAGGCAAAUACGACGCCUGGUUCAACAGGUGUGUGUGA